AUGGCUCCCAAGACAAUACGAUGGGGCAUCUUGGGCAAUGGUUCAGCUACCGGAGGCAUCGCCAUAACAUUCACCAAAGACCUUCUGGUCGAUCCCGCAACUCGCGGCGUGCAUGAUAUCCGACACACCGUCGUUGCGGCGGCUAGCUCUUCUAGCGCUUCCCGCGCGCAAGAGUUUCUGAACGAGGUUAAGGCCCCCUCCACCGCUAAGGCGUAUGGCUCAUACGCCAGCCUCGUGCAAGACCCGGACAUCGAUAUCGUCUACAUUGCCACACCUCAUUCCCACCACUAUCAGAAUGCAAUGCUCUGCCUCGAAGCCGGAAAGAACGUCCUCUGCGAGAAGGCCUUCACCGUCAAUGCUGCCCAGGCAAAGAAACUCGUGCAAACGGCGCGGGAGAAAAACCUCUUUCUGAUGGAGGCAGUGUGGACACGCUAUUUCCCCCUUUCUGUCCAUGUACGCGAGGCAAUCACCUCCGGGAAAUUGGGUCAUGUAGUCAGAGUGUUCGCCGACAAUUCCCGAGCCGCGGACCCGGAGAAGGUCUGGCCCGACGCCAAACAUAGGAUGGUCAAUCCUGAAUUAGCGGGUGGCGCUCUUUUGGACCUGGGAAUCUACAGCCUGACCUGGGUUUUUCAGACUUUGUACACCACCCAAGCACCGGAAAGCCGCAAACCGCCAAAGGUGGUUUCGAGCAUGGUUAAAUAUCCGCCGACAGGUGUCGACGAGACCACCACCAUCUUGCUCACGUUCCCUCGCGACCCCGAGCAAGGAGGCGACAUGCACGCUGUUGCAACGACGGGUAUGCGCACCUCAAGCAACACCGAUGGAAAAGGCACGUCUGGUCCUGCGAUCCGGAUUCAAGGCACAAAGGGAGAAAUGCAAGUCUGGCCACCAGCAUUCCGACCAACACGGACGAAACUGAUACUUAUGGAUGGCACGACCGAGGACAAGGAUUGGCCGCAGCCAGGUCCAGGCAAAGGAAGCGGGUGGUUCAAUGGGUUUGGAAAUACCAUGAAUGCAGAGGGCGAGGGUCACGGAAUGUUCUGGGAGGCGGAUGAAGCGGGGAGGGCCAUUGUGGAGGGACGCAAAGAGGGCAAAUAUGAAAGCUUGGACGAGAGCGUGUUGAUUAUGGAGGUAAUGGACGAGGUCAGACAGCAGCAUGACUUUAGGUAUCCAGAGAAGAUUGAGACUAUUGAGAGAGUUGAUCUCUGA